CUACAUCUAGGUUUCAAGGAGAUCUAGUAGCUAAACAGCCAAAAGAAGUGUAACAUUUACGGAGAGAUAAAUUUAAAUAGAGAAAAACGAAAGAAGAGGAUUAGAAAUUUGCGACAUUUUGUUAAUACAUUUCAAAAGGUGGGAAAAUGCGCUGGGGACUCUGUUCGGCAGGUAUGAUUGCAACGGAUUUCUGCAAUGCUUUGCAAUGUCUGAAUCCUUCAGAACACAAAAUAACUGCAGUGGUAUCCAAAUCUUUAGAGAAAGCUAAGAAACUAGCCGAUGAAUUUAAAAUACCAAAUGUGUAUACCAGCUAUGAAGAAUUUGCCAAAGAUCCCAACAUAGAUCUUGUGUACCUUUCAACGGCCAACAUUUUCCAUCAUCCUCUUUCCAUUCUUAUGCUGAACAAUGGUAAACCUGUCCUAUGUGAGAAAACCUGUGCUUGUAACACGAAGCAGACAGAAGAAAUGAUUGAACUUGCAAAGUCAAAGAAAUUAUUUUUCAUGGAGGCUUUGUGGUCUAAUUUCUUCCCAGCUUAUAAAGCUCUAAGAGAAAUAAUUGACUCUGGAACCAUAGGACAGAUACGCCACAUAGAUGCAGCUUUCUUUUUUUCUGCCUUUUUAAUUGAUUAUGUAUCUCAGCAUUCUUUGGGUGGAGGAGGCCUCUUGUGUUCUACUGUGUAUCAAAUAUGGCUUUCAAGAUUCAUAUUUAGAGAGGAACCGGAGACAAUUACUGCUGUUGGAACGAUUUCUGACACAGGUGUCGAUCAAUCUGCCAAUAUUAUUCUGACUUAUAAGGAUGGUGCUAGAGCCUCUUUGUCUUACAAUCUUGAUUUAGAUGGAAGACGAGACGCAUAUAUUUAUGGAAGUAAAGGUAAAAUUUAUAUACCUGAACCAUUUUGGUCUCCCGCCAAAAUCGAAGUGAAUGGAGAAGAAAGAGAAUUUCCACUCCCCAAAUCUGAUGCGAAGUAUAAUUACCCCAAUAGCGCUGGAUUAGCUUAUGAGGCUGAAGCUGUUCGCCAGUGUUUUGAGAAAGGUCAACUAGAAUGUCCUGCUCACACUCAUUCUGAUACUUUGUCAAUUAUAAAAGUUAUUGACGAGAUUCGACGACAACUAGAAGAAACUCAUCAGAUAAAGACAACCCCUUUGUAAAAAGGAGAAGAGGAAGAGAAAGAGAGAGAAAGAGAAGAGGGUUAAAAGAAAAUGUAGUAUUUCCUUACUAAAAUUGAUAAUUCUGAUAUUACAUGCACACACACGCACACACACACACACAUACACACACACACGCACGCACACACACAUGUAUA